GGCCAGUCGCGCGUGGGUGUCGGUGCGCGCGUGUUCUCGGCCGGUUCCUGCCGGUGUUGUUGUUGUUGUUGUUGUUGUUAUCGCACUGUUGUUUGACCCGCGGUCGCGUUUUUCCAGGGCCGUCGCAGCCGCGCAGACAUGGCCGAACAAGAGAUGCAGCACCAGGACCCGUGGAACGGGCCCGCAAAGGACGGCCUGUACGACCCGCAGCUCGAGAGAGAAGCGUGCGGCGUGGGCUUCAUCGUGGCCAUCGACGGCAAGCGCUCGCACAAGAUCGUUCGCGAUGCGCAAAAAUUGGCCAUAAAAAUGAACCAUCGAGGCGCAUGCUCAUGCGACAACGAUUCUGGCGACGGCGCGGGUGUAUUGACAGCAAUACCACACUCGUUUUACGCCCACGAACUAAGGGAACAGGAAAAUGUAGAACUGCCGCCGGAGGGCAAGUACGCAACUGGCAUGUUUUACUUGGACAAGGCGCAUCACGCCGAGAGCGAAGAGAUGUUUGCGGCCAUUGGUUUAGAGUACAAAAUCAAAGUGUUGUGCUGGAGAACGGUGCCGGUGCGCAACGACCAAAUCGGUGAGGUGGCCAGGAGCAGCGAGCCGUUCAUUCGUCAGGUGUUCGUAGUGGACGCGGCCGAUGCGUACGUCGAGGACGACUUCAAACGCCGCGUGUUCGCGCUUCGCAAGCGUUCCACGCACACCAUACCCAAGCCAGGCAGGAGAUUUUACAUUUGCUCGUUGUCGCAUACCAUCGUCGUUUACAAGGGCCAGUUCACGUCCGACCAGCUGUGGGCGUAUUUCACCGAUCUACAAAGUCCAAAUUACGAGACGUACUUAGCGCUCGUUCACACCAGAUUCUCCACGAACACUUUCCCGAGCUGGGAGAGAGCUCAUCCAUUGAGGGUGUUGGCGCACAACGGCGAGAUCAACACGGUACGCGGUAACGUGAACUUCAUGACGGCCCGCGAAGGCGUGAUGGAGAGCAAGCACUUCGACGACAUCAAGAAGUUGUACCCAGUGGUCGAGCCAAAUCUUUCCGACUCCGGAUCGGCCGAUUGCGUUUUGGAGUUCCUGAUCAACGCCGGAGAGUGCUCGCUGCCCGAAGCCGUGAUGACCAUGGUCCCGGAAGCCUGGCAAAACGAUCAGACCAUGCCGUCCGAGAAAAGAGAUUUCUACAACUGGGCCGCAUGCGCAAUGGAACCGUGGGACGGUCCCGCUCUUCUGACGUUCACCGACGGGCGAUACGUGGGCGCUUUGCUGGACAGGAAUGGCCUGAGACCAUCUCGUUUCUACGUCUUAAAAGACAACAUCAUGGUCAUGGCGUCUGAAGUCGGUGUGUACGAGACGGAUCCGGCCAAUGUGGCUUUGAAGAGCCGUUUGAAACCAGGGCGCAUGUUGCUUGUUGACACCAAAGAGAAGCGCAUCAUACAAGACGUUCAGCUCAAACUGGACAUCGCGAGAAGUAGACCCCAUUCCGAUUGGCUCAGAGAACAGAGGAUUACAAUAGAAGAUUUACGAGAAGAAGCUGUUGCUAAAGGAUUUGGUUUGGUGAGAGCCAAAUCAAUUGAAUUUAUAAGUGGUGAACGUAAAAAGACGCUUAGAGAAAACAUUCCAGAACAAGAGAUGACUCGCAUAUGGGGAGGAGAUAGACGCCUUUUGUUAUUUAGUUACUCAAUUGAAACCAUCAAUAUGUUAAUCAUUCCAAUGAUUAGAACAAAAAAAGAAGCAUUGGGAUCUAUGGGAAAUGAUGCCCCACUUGCUUGCCUUUCCUUGUUUCAGCCAUUGAUAUACUCUUACUUUAAACAACUAUUUGCCCAAGUAACAAAUCCACCUAUUGAUCCUUUCCGUGAAAAAAUCGUCAUGUCAUUGAUGUGCCCUAUUGGUCCGGAAGCAAACAUUCUGAUACCAAGCGCCAAACAGUGUCAUAGAUUAUUCUUACCAAAUCCAAUACUGUCUCUCUAUGAUCUGGAAGUCUUGCGCAAUAAUCAACACCGUGGCUGGAAGACCAAAGUUAUUGAUGUUACAUUUAGUAAGGAUGAAGGUCCAUCAGGAUUUUCAAAAGCACUCGAUCGCAUAUGCGAAGAUGCCAGUGAUGCUGCUAAAAACAAUUAUCAACUCAUUAUAUUGUCUGAUAGAUCGGCCGGAGCUGAAAGAAUACCGGUCAGUAUUUUGUUGGCCUUAGGAGCAACGCAUCAUCAUUUGAUUGAACUCAGGUUAAGGAUGAAAGUUGGGUUAAUAGUUGAAACCGGUGAAGCUAGAGAAGUUCAUCAAAUGUGUGUCUUAUUGGGUUAUGGUGCUGAUGGGAUAUGUCCUUACCUUGUAUUUGAAAUGGCCAAAACUUUACGUGCUGAAGGAGUUUUGGAUCCAUCAUAUACCGAUAAAAUAUUAUUUGAAAACUAUUGUGAAGCAAUGGAACGUGGAAUAUCCAAAGUUAUGGCAAAAAUGGGUAUAUCCACAUUGCAAUCUUAUAAAGGAGCUCAGAUAUUUGAAGCUGUUGGUUUGGCUGAUGAAGUAAUCAACAAGUGUUUUAAAGGCACACAGUCACGUAUUGGUGGUAUAACUUUUGAGCGCUUGGCCAAUGAAGCAUAUGAACGUCACUUCUUAUCUUAUUCUUAUCGUAACACGGAUAUGUUGGUUUUGAUGAACCCUGGUUAUUUCCACUGGCGUUCAGGUGGUGAAAAACAUAUUAAUGAUCCAAUCAGCAUUGCCAAUUUACAAGAAGCAGCAGUUAACAAAAGUACCAACUCAUAUGAUAAAUUUUGUGAAUCUACUAUGGAAAGUGUACGGGCUUGUACCCUUAGAGGUCAGUUGGAAUUAGUUCCUACUACUAAAUCGAUUGAUAUUUCUGAAGUUGAACCAGCAGCAAAUAUUGUAAAGAGAUUUGCUACAGGUGCAAUGAGUUUUGGUUCAAUCUCUAUUGAAGCUCACUCAACUUUGGCAAUUGCAAUGAACAGAAUCGGAGGAAAAUCAAAUACAGGAGAAGGAGGUGAAAAUGCUGACCGCUAUUUAAAUCAAGAGACAGAGACCAACAAGCGAUCAGCUAUCAAACAAGUUGCAUCUGGUAGAUUUGGAGUUACCAGUUCUUAUCUGGCUCAUGCUGAUGACCUACAAAUUAAAAUGGCCCAGGGUGCUAAACCUGGUGAAGGAGGAGAGUUGCCUGGCUAUAAAGUGACUAAAGACAUUGCUAGCACUAGACACUCAGUACCUGGUGUUGGAUUAAUAUCUCCACCACCUCAUCACGAUAUCUAUUCAAUUGAAGAUUUAGCAGAACUUAUUUAUGAUUUGAAGUGUGCCAAUCCUAAUGCAAGGAUAUCUGUGAAACUUGUUUCCGAAGUUGGUGUAGGAGUUGUAGCUUCAGGUGUAGCUAAAGGAAAAGCUGAACACAUUGUAAUUUCUGGUCACGAUGGCGGUACUGGAGCUAGUUCAUGGACUGGUAUCAAAAACGCAGGACUUCCAUGGGAACUUGGUGUGGCAGAAACUCAUCAAGUCCUUGUAUUGAAUAACUUAAGAUCCAGAGUAGUGGUACAAGCUGAUGGUCAAAUAAGAACAGGUUUCGAUGUCAUUGUAGCUGCUUUAUUGGGUGCUGAUGAAAUAGGCUUGAGUACUGCACCGUUGAUUGUACUUGGAUGUACCAUGAUGAGAAAAUGUCAUUUGAAUACUUGUCCAGUUGGAAUUGCUACACAAGAUCCUGUACUGAGAAAGAAAUUUGCUGGUAAACCUGAACAUGUAGUGAACUACUUAUUUAUGUUAGCUGAAGAUGUUCGUAAACAUAUGGCUAAACUUGGUGUUGCCAAAUAUCAAGAUCUUAUUGGUCGUACAGAUCUUCUUAAAAUGACAGACAACAAUAAUAAUCCUAAAUCAAAAUUUUUAAAUCUUGCUCCUGUUCUACGAAAUGCUCUUCAUAUGAGACCUGGUGUUAACAUAGUUGGUGGAUCAGAAUCACAAGAUUUCCAAUUAGAAAAACGUAUGGACAAUAUUGUUAUCGCUGCAGCUCAACCAGUAAUUGAUGGUACACAAAAAAGUGUAGAUAUAGAACUUACUAUUAACAAUGAAUGCCGUGCUUUUACAUCAACUUUAAACUAUCAUAUUUCUAUGAAAUAUGGUGAUGAGGGUCUACCAGAAAACAGUAUAAACAUAAAAUUAAAAGGUUCUGCUGGACAAAGUUUUUGUGCUUUUUUAACCAAAGGAGUACAUGUUACUUUAGAAGGAGAUGCUAAUGACUAUGUUGGAAAAGGACUUUCUGGAGGUGAAAUAGUAAUUUACCCACCAAAGUCAUCUACAUUCCAAUCUGAGCUCAAUGUGAUAGCUGGAAAUGUUUGUUUGUAUGGAGCUACUAGUGGAAAAGCAUUCUUCAGGGGUAUUGCAGCUGAACGUUUUUCGGUCAGAAAUUCUGGUGUUAUAACAGUUGUUGAAGGAGUUGGUGACCAUGGUUGUGAAUAUAUGACUGGAGGGUGCGCACUUAUUUUGGGUCUUACUGGUCGUAAUUUUGCUGCUGGUAUGUCCGGUGGUAUCGCUUAUGUUCUUGAUGUGGAUAAAUCUUUCAAGAGUAAAUGCAAUACAGAAAUGGUUGAACUUCUUCCUCUGGACCGCCAAGAAGAUCUUAACUAUGUUCAGUCUCUUUUAGAAGAAUUCGUUCUUAAAACUGAAUCAGUCAUUGCAUCUAAACUGUUGGAAUCUUGGCCACAUUCUGCUUCAAAAUUUAUUAAAGUAUUCCCUUACGAAUAUCAAAGAGCCUUGAAACAAUUGGCUGAAGAAACUAAAGUAGCACAAGUACACACAAGUCCAGUAGAAACAAUUAAUGAACCAAGUGUCCGUGACAUUGAAGAAGUAGUUAAUGACCAAACAUUUGAAAAAAAAAGGCUUGAAAAAAUUCUAGACAAGACUCGUGGUUUUGUGAAAUAUUCAAGAGAAACAAUGAUGUACAGACCUGCUGAGAAGAGACUUAAUGAUUGGGACGAAAUUUACAAUUUCCAACAUGUCAGGAAGGGACUUAGAGUUCAAGCUGCUAGAUGUAUGGAAUGUGGUGUACCAUUCUGUCAAUCCUCACAUGGAUGUCCUUUGGGAAACAUUAUACCAAAAUGGAAUGAUUUAGUUUUCAACAAUAAUUGGCAAGAGGCAUUGAAUCAACUUUUACAGACCAAUAAUUUCCCUGAAUUUACUGGACGUGUCUGUCCUGCUCCCUGUGAAGGAGCAUGUGUUUUGGGUAUUAGUGAACCUUCAGUAACUAUUAAGAACAUAGAAUGUGCAAUUAUUGAUCAUGCUUUUGAACAAGGCUGGAUUAAACCUGAACCACCAAAAAAUCGAACUGGAAAAACAGUAGCUAUUGUUGGAUCUGGUCCAUCAGGACUAGCAACUGCUCAUCAAUUAAAUAAGGCUGGACAUUUGGUAAAAGUUUUUGAGAGGAAUGAUCGUAUUGGUGGUCUGCUACAAUAUGGAAUCCCUACUAUGAAACUAUCUAAAGAAGUUGUACAAAGACGAGUUAAACUUCUAGAAGAUGAAGGAGUGGUUUUCCAUACUAAUGUCAGCGUUGGAAAGGAUUAUUUAGCUAAAGAACUCUUGGAUCAAUUUGAUGCAGUUGUUCUAUGCACAGGUGCUACAUGGCCAAGAGAUCUCCCCAUACCUGGUCGUCAUCUGGAAGGCAUAUACUUUGCCAUGAAUUUCUUGGAAUCUUCUCAAAAGAAACAACUUGGUGGACCUACAGACUUACCCCUAUUAGCAAGAGAUAAAGACAUAAUAAUUAUUGGUGGUGGUGAUACUGGUUGUGAUUGUAUUGCUACUUCAUUAAGACAGCGAGCAAGAUCUAUUACAUCAUUUGAAAUUCUCCCUGAACCGCCAAAAACUAGGGGACGAGAUAAUCCUUGGCCACAAUUUCCUAGAGUAUUCAAGGUAGAUUAUGGUCAUGAGGAAGUUAAAAUUAAAUAUGGAAAAGAUCCUAGACAAUUUUGUAUUUUAAGCAAGGAAUUCAUUGAUGAUGGAAAUGGUCAUGUUAGUGGUAUCAAAACAGUUACUGUAAGUUGGACUAAGGAUGAGGCUGGAAGAUGGAAAAUGGAAGAAGUACCAGACUCUGAACAAAUUUUCAAAUGUGACAUGGUCCUUUUGGCGAUGGGAUUCCUUGGUCCUGAGCGUACAAUUGUCAAUGAACUGUCAUUGGCUCUUGAUCCAAGAUCCAAUUUUCAAACACCGUCUGGCCGUUAUGCUACAUCCAUUCCUAAAGUGUUUGCUGCAGGAGAUUGCCAUCGUGGUCAGUCAUUAGUCGUUUGGGCAAUAUCUGAAGGACGCCAAGCAGCUAGAGAAGUUGACGCAUUCCUUAUGGAGCAGUCCGUAUUACCUGGACCGGGUGGUGUGAUAUCUAUUCAAACAUUGAGUGCAUAAACUGGCACAUGUAAUUAUUGGUCAAAUGAAGUAAAAAUUACGUUGGCUCUUAAAUAUAGCAUCGUAACAUUACAGUAA